GGCAGUCUCGUAAUUUAUGGAACAUUCAGGGGUAUUUUGGUUGGGUUUCUCUUAUUAUAUACGGCAGUGGAAAAUGAGUGGACAUGGACAGUGUGACGAUCUUUUUGUAGCGUAGGAAACACUAAAAUGGCGAUGUCUAUUGCCACUGUAAAGCUCAAUUUGUUGCAAAUGUUGCCAUUCGAAUCGUCGGCGAAGAGGCGUUCCCUGAAAUUUGUGCGUUGCGCACCCCUCAAGCAAAUUGGGGAUCAGCUUGAUGCAGGAAUUAUGUGUGAAUCUUGUAAUGGCAGAGGAUGGUUGCUUUGUGAUUUCUGUAAAGGGCAGAAGACCAAUGUGAAAGCUGAAAACAAACGGAUCUACCGUCGCUGUCCAUCAUGCAGAGCUAUUGGAUACGUCUUGUGUUCAAAGUGCAAAGUUUUCAAAUGUGUUACCUUUCCUAAUUAUAGUGAUGGUGAAGACCUAACCUUUUGAGCCUACAGUUCAGCUUAAAUGCUAGCUUGAGCAGACGUGUCAACCAAGGUUCAUCCAGCUACCCACUUUUAGAGGUAGCUCUGAUUGUUUUGGUAGCUUGCGUUCAGGUCCUCUUCUUCCUUUCUUAUGUGUAUCUUUUAACAUGUAAAGGUUUUCCUUGAGAGGCAUUUGUGUGAAUGUGUAUUAUCAAGUAACAAAUUGUUUACUUGUACAUUAUGACCUGCAAUUCUUUGUUACUGAAUUGGAGCAAACUGCAGUUGAAAUGUUAAUUGGUUUCAGUUUUUGGUC